AGACACGUAUAUGUUUAGAAAUCAAAGAUACGAAAAUUGUCCAUGGCCAGUGAAAAAAUGCGGGGGACGAACUUAUAUUUUAUUAAAAGUGCAGUGGACAUGUCCCACAUGUCCCCUACGGAUUCUACGCCCCUGAUUUAGGUGUGCCACUGCAGAAAUUCUACAAUGCUGCCCCCUGGGUGUCACUCCAGGUUCUACAGGGUUAAAAUUACUACAAGUGCAGCAGUCAUCUCACACUUUCACACUUUUACUGUCAGUCUAUCUACUCUGAUUUGAUUUAAGCAAAUUUAGGGAAAUUAGGGAAUGAGAGACGUCAUCAAACCUGAAAGAAGACAAAUAGCAAGUCAGUUAAUCAGAUACUGCAGAAAGUCUCUGAAGGACACAAGCUGAAGGACAAAAUUGUACAAAAGCUGCAGCUUUGAAUGUUUACGUCCUUCAAAUUUCAGGAGUUGUCCACCGUGUUCUGUCUGUCUCUCGUAAGUACCAUCUGGUCUAGCAGUGGAAAACAUGGAGGAAUACUGCCGGACCAAUCACGGUGGCCUGGCUAUCACCAAAAAUAAUAAUGACAUGGUCCAACUUCAGAAUGAAGCACAGAUUCAGCAAUUCAGUUCCAAGGCUUGGGUUGGACUGUACGAUGAUAUCAACAGCCGGUGUUGGUCCGUUGGAAAUGAGAUGCUACUUAUAACUAAAUGGGCUGCAGGGGAACCUAACAAUUCAGGUGGACAUCAAGAGUGUGGUGCAAUACCUCCAAAAUAUUAAAGAAUAUAUAAAAUAUUAUAGAAUAGGUACAUCCACAUACUGCUUUGUAUGCUUUGAUGACAGUAUUACACAGACCUGACCAUCUCAAGAGAAUACGCAAUUAUAUAUGAUAUGAGAACUCCUUUAUUAUUAAACGCUUGGAUUGGUCUGUUCAGAGACUCCUGGAAGUGGAUAGACCAAACCAAAAUGUCUGUGAUCAGCUGGAUAUCAGGAAAGGGAAAGAAAAUUGUGGUCAUUUAAAUAACAGUCAGGCCGCUGAUGCACAGUGCUCAGACAUAAUGCCUUUCUUCUGUUACUCAGAUAAAAUAGAACCUAAAGGAAAAUGGAAUGGCAGAGGACAUCACUGAGAAAUGGAGAGAGCGACCAGAUGGAGUGGCAUUUCAAAGGGAGAACGAAAAGAACACUACACAUUCCCCUGCAAGAGAUCAAGCUGUGUGGAUCUAAGCGCAUUGUUUCUCUGGAUAUUUCUAUUCACUCAUUUUGCUAUGGCUGCCCAGCACUCUUCUUCCAACUUCUCCAGCCUGGAACAAUACUUAUGUCACCAGCUGAUACAUUCAGUGGUGGACUUAACUGCCCUACUCGAGCAACUCUGCUCUUCUUCUAUCCCUCCAGGAUUUCUCUCUCCUUUAUCUUGUCGUAUCCUGCCAGCUGUGACUGUAUCACACACCUCCACUCAAACUGAGGCUAAUUUUACCUCUCCCAAUGAAGGCCCAUUUAUUAUGGAGAUUCAUCCUCUGUUUCUGAUCACAGCCAUGACUAUAGUCCUACCAGUCCUAUUUAAUAAUCAAUAAACUAGGUCCUGCUUCAAGUCUCUGAAGGACACUGCUGUAAUAUGUUUCUUCAUAUUUCAGUGAGUUUCCCAACAACAUCAGUCAUGGAGCAGCAUCUGUUCAUACUCCUGUUCUUCACAGGAAUCGUCCCCCUCACCCUCUCUGUUCCCUGUAAAUACUAUCUGAUCCAAGAGGGGAAACAAUGGAGUGAUGCACAGGCUUACUGCAAGACCAACUACACCGACCUGGCGAUCAUUGAAAGUAAUGACAACAUGAUCCAGCUCCAGAAUGAAGCACAGAGAGAACAGUUCAGUUCCAGCGCUUGGAUUGGACUGUACAAUGACGUAAAUAGCUGGCGCUGGUCCUUUGGAAAUGAGCCCCUGGGAAGUAUUACAACAUGGGCUAUUGGUGAUCCUAACAAUGUACAAGGAAAACAAGAGUGUGUCGUGAUGUGUAGUUCGGGUUGGAUGGAUAAAACAUGUACAGACACAUUUCCUUUUGUGUGCUUUGAUGGCAGUAACACUGGAAACUACAACUAUAUAUUUUUUUCUAAUCCUAAAUCUUGGUAUGAAGCUCAGAGCUACUGCAGACAGUACCACACAGACCUGGCCAACACAAGGGAUGCAACUGAAUACUCAGCCGUAUAUGAUUUGGUAACUCCAUUGACAGCGAACACUUGGAUUGGUCUGUUCAGAGACUCCUGGAAGUGGGUAGACAAAACCAACUUCUCUACCAUCAGUUGGAUGCCUGGAAAACCUGACAAUGCCCUGGGGAAUGAAAACUGUGGUUGUUUAACUAGUGGUCAGGCCGUUGAUGCACAGUGCUCAGAUGUAAUGCCUUUCUUCUGUUACUCAGUAAUCACAGGAAAAAAGCAAGUCAUACGCAUUAAGGUAUGUUCCAGUGAAGAACCGAAUGGCGCUGCAGUAAUGGCAGUAACCCUACAGCAGAUCAAGCAGAAACUGCAAGAUCAUGGGAUAGCAGGGGACACCACAGUGAAAUGGAGAGAACAGCCAGAUGGACUGGUGUUUCAUAAGAAGUAAAAUACUACUAAAAUAUGACCAGGGACAGGAGUGACUCUUCAGUGAGUCUUUAGCUAUGUCUGAAAUUGCAUAAUUAUGUAGUGUACUACUAAUGGUAGUGGGAAAGUCAUAUUUACACUAUUUCUUUUGGUUGAUUUCUGAUGUAAUGUUUAUAUUUUUCACUUACUUGUACACAGUGUCUGUUUACAUCAAACUGUGCAUUUUAUCCUGCUCUACCAGGAUCCAAAAACAUAUAGGCUGAAUUAGCAUAUAUCCAUAACCCCUCACAAAGCUGUACAAGAGUGGUCCUGUUCCUGUUGAAGCCCAGAUUGCACACGUCAGAACAUUGGCAGUGACUUUUCCUUGGAACUUGAGAAGUGUGAUUCUCUUGUAAUUGAGAACACACCUUCUGGUCCCCUUAUUAAUAGGGGUCACGAUCCUUGUUUGCCAGUCCAAAGGCACUGUCCCAGAUCUCCAUGGAACAUUUAAUAUAUGUGUUAACUACACAACCCUAACCCUGUCCAGUGCCUCCAGUACCUCCAGUUGAAUCUCCUCCACUCCAGCAGCUGUACAGUGUGAAGGUUUCUUUAUCACCACUGUAACCUGUAAAAGAUUUUUAGUUUAGGGGCAGUUAGUUUUUCACAUGGGUGAUAGGUUUUGGAUAACUUCUUUUUGCUUCAAUAAAAAGAAUACAUUUAAAAAAAAAACAAAAAAACAAAAAACGGUAUUGUGUGUUUACUCAGGAAGUAUUUGUUUUAUGUUGUAUUUCAUUUGAAGAUCUAAAACUAGUAUGAGAGAUACACAAAAACAGAAUAAAUCGGGAAUCAGGCAAAUACUUUUUCACAGCACUGCAUCUUUCCUCUUAAGGCAUUUGUCAAUGUUUCUGUGGGUCUUGAGCCCCAAUACUAAUACUAAUACUGGUCUGUGUUGAUUUUAGAGGAAAUAGUUGGACAUGGGCUGCGGUGUCCAUGUGGUACUGAACUUCACAGAACUAUCAAAUUAUAUUCUGCUCUCAGUUUAUUUACCUGUGUGAGCAAUGGGUUUAGGAAUGUAGUUUGAAUACUUUAGGACUUUUAGACAUUAUUCUCUCAUCACAGAUUGAACAGUUUAUACAGGAGGAAAAAGUAUAAAAAGUGAGUGAAAUGCUUACAGCAGAGUUCCAGAAUCAGUUAGUUAAAAGAAUCAAAGUGUGUGUAAUGUAUAAAGUAUAAAUAUGUUGAUCAUGUAUUUCCACUGUAUCUAAUGCGUCAGGAAUGUACAAUUAUAAAGUAUAUAACCAGUUGUGGAUUCUGGCAUAAAGGCAGCUGUUCAGGGGCGGUGAUAUGGGAUGCUCCCCCCCCCCCCACAGCUUUUAGACACACUCUUCACUUCUAUAUAGUUAAUUUGAGGCAGUUUCACACAGGAUUGCCCCCACUCUCGGUUUCGCCCCACUCAUUGAAAAUUAAUUGUUUAGUGUCUCCUUGUGGUACACCUCCCCUUCCGUUUAUUGAUCAUGUAUAUAUAUAUAUAUAACUAUAUAACAGCACAAUGAAAUUCUUUUCUUCGCAUAUCCCAGUAUGUCAGGAAGUUAGGGUCAGAGUGCAAGGUCAACCAUGAUACAGCCUUGGAGCAGAGAGGGUUAAGGGUCUUGCUCAAGGGCCCAAACAUGGCAGUGCUGGGGCUUGAACCAACAACCUUCCAAUCAGUAACCCAGAGCCUUAACCACCAAGCCACCACUACCCACAGAUGCCCCAUUGGAUGGGUGAUGUAUACAAGUGUGUGUGUAUGACAUGAUGUAAAUAGAAACUGUCAAUGAGAAUAAAAACAUCUGACAAUGAUAAAAGAUCAAAGCAAUCAGGAUUUUAGUUUGGGAAAAGAGAGAAGAGGACGAUGAGAAACAGGACGAAGAUUAAGGUAUGCUAUGUAAUUCAUCUCACAUGACAUUUUGCAGUAACUUUAUUAAUGUGUAAUUUUGCAGUUAGUUUUUUUAAUGCCACAAUAGUCACCAAUAAAUAUAAAACCAAAUGACAUGAAGGUUUGGAUUACGCAUUAUAACAGUGUUAUGCAUUACAGCACAGAGAUACUGUAUGUGCAUUGCAGUUUA